AUGUACCAAGCGGGCCACCUUCUUGGGCCCGUAGAUUUCCCGAUGCAGGGUUUGCAGGGUUAUCCGGGCCUAUUCCAGGCUCCUAUGCAACCCAUGCCGCCCAUGCCCCAACCACGGCCUCAGGCGCCCCAAACGGUCCAAACGGUCCAAUCUGUCCAAGCCGCGCCAAGUGGCAUGCUGAUGCCGCUCAUGCCUCAGGCAAUUCCUGUUAUGCCCCAGAUGGGCGAAGAGCACGCCGCAACACUGCCUCGUUACCUGCGGGAGUUUCCACUGCAAUCGCAACCACAGCCACAGCCACAGAUGAUGUGGCAGCCGCAGCCGCAGCCGCAGCCGCCAGUGAUAUGGCAGCAGCCGCAGGUCAUGCAGCAUCCGUCACAGAUGAUGUGGCAGCCGCAGUGGCACAUGCGCUCUUCUCAGCCGGUGGGCCAAUUGCGUCCCAUGGGACAGAUGAUGCAGGGCUUGGGCACUUGGCCUCAACCUCCUGUGGCUCUGGUUGCACCGCAAAAAGACCCAACUCAGGAGAAGGAAGGCGCAGCCCCCGUGCCAGUUAUGGCACAAACCCUGCCGCCAACAAGCAAUCAUUCUAUUGCCUUGGCGCCGCAGCAGCCGAGCUUCACAAUGUCAAGGCUCAUGGGUCCAGGAGUUGGGCAUGUACCCCAAGUCCGGUCGUACAUCCCACCACCACAGACCAUUCUUUCAUACACUCCACCGCCCAGCUUCAAUCGUUCAUACACACCACCGGCCAUGCAGUGCAUUGCACCUCCGCCUGUUGUCACAGCGCCUGUGCAGGGGAUGGUGCCAGUGUAUGGCCUGAACCAGACCAUGCAGAGAAGGAGCGAAGUGGACGGAAGCAUUUCGGGCCACAUUCCGACUGCUGUGAGCUCACGUGGGAUCGUGCCGGUCGCGGCCCCUGUUGCGGCUGUUGCGGCCGCUGUAGCCCCUGUGGCCACCCCUGUCCCGGCCGCUGCGACAGACCCUGCGGCGGCCCCUGCGACGGCUGCGGCUGCCAGGCCAGAGAGCCAAGCAACCGCAGUGCAGGCAGCGCAGGCAGCGCAGGCAGCGCAGGCAGCGCAGGCAGCGCAGGCAGCGCAGGCAGCGCAGGCAGCGCAGGCAGCGCAGGCAGCGCAGGCAGCGCAGGCAGCGCAGGCGGAGCGAGCGACAAAGCCGGAACCACAGUUGUCACAGGUGCCAGAUGCUUCAGUGGAAACGCUCGAGCCGCCAGAGCCUCGACGGCGCAGAGAGGGAAAGGAUGCAAUAGAGCAGAGAUGGAAGUUGCCUCAGACGGUGGCAUGUGAAGCUGGAGUAGAGAGGCUGGAUCCGGACGAGGUUCGUUACCUUCUACACAACAAGCAGUGUGUGCUAGUAGAUGUUCGCGGCAAUGAUCGCCAAUCUGGCUACAUUGAGGACUCAAUCCACGUCCCAUGCACAACGGAGGAGCCUUUCUAUCCCAAGGUUCCUGAUCUAGUGCAGAAGUUUGCGGAUGAUUCUUUGGUGGUGUUUACAUGUCAGUACUCGUGCCAUAGAGCACCGACCUGUGCGAACUGGUACCGGGGCAUGGCGCCUCAGACACAGCGCGUGGCUGUAUUGGAAGGAGGAUUCCGCGGUUGGGAAGCUGUUCGCUACCCCGUCAAGAAAGAUGAGCUGGUAGAUGAGGAAGCCCAGAAGGCAGCAGAUGCUCAUGCCAGGAAAGAGGGCACACUCAUUGCAGCCGGUAACUGA